AGGCCUCUCUGACACUUUGUGCCGUCUGAGGGGGAUAUUUAACUUGGGACUGAGCACCGCUCGCUACAGACACACUCACACACAGUGUGCCUAAGCAAAGAAACUCUCCAGCGCCAAGUCUCGCAGACUCCUGAAGUAGGAGCGACUCAGUGGGAGCCUCUGUAGCAGUUAUCAAAGGAGAAGAGACGCUCCCUCGGGAACGGACCGCUUGCAGCGACUGGGGGCAAAAAGGGGGCUGCAGGUUGCGGACGCUCUCGCGAUGCGGCGACAGAUGGAUCUGGAGCGUUUCUGAGAGGAUUCGACGGUCCCGCGGUGACAUGAGCCCCGAACUAACGGCGGUCACUGGCUCCGUGCAGUUUGCACUUUAAAUGCACUGCGUUUGCUGCAAGUCGGCGUCCGGCGUCCGCUGUCACGUGUGCAGUGAGUAGUUCUGUGGGAAUAUUACCGCCUGAAAAGGACACUGUGGACAGAUAAGUGGGAGUUAUUUCAUGAGUCGGUGCCAGAGCCCGUUGCGACGCCUCGUCUCCAGGUCGUGAAGAUUUUCAGGAAGGUGCACAAGUCCACGGCUGGAAUACCGCAAGGAACUGCCCGCGCGCACUUUUUUGCCCCCCCCCCCCCCCCCCUCCUCUCUCUCUCUCUCAGUGCGCGGAUCGUGCGCCCCGGGGACCUUGACAAACCCGCGAGCGCGAAGCGACGUCCAGAGACGCCACGUUUAUAAAAGCCGUGCGUAAAAAUAACAUUGGCCGCCGCAGCCCCCUCGUCGCCGGGCGCGUGACAUUUAAAACGCGGCGGAGCCCUCUUUUGUGCGCCCUUCCCACUCGGGACGCGCCGGAUCUAUUCUGUCUUUGCAGAACCCACUUCAUUCCAUGCUGCUCGCGCCUCGGCCGCUGUCACCCAGCGCAGACAGUUCGUCGUGGCUUCGAGUCUCCGGAGUAACCAUGACAACCGAAAGAAACCCAAAGUGAAUCCGAGGGAGCGGGGAGAGGCCGGAGAGAGCGUGAAUAGAGUUUUCUCCACUUUGUUUUGUGCCACAUUUUUUUUUUUUUUUUGCUGUGCGUGUUGUUGUUGUUUAGACUAAACACUCGCAACAGCGGGGAAGUUGCAGAGUCGAAGGAGCUCCAAAAAAGCAAAGCGCUCCGCUUCAUGUCAUUCAAACCCGACGCGGUCUAUUAAAAGUAUCGCCUCGCUGCUGGCGGAACCUCUACUAUUUAUGAAGCCCCGGGUCGGUCGCUGCAGAGAACACAGUGACCGGGAACAGAACUGAGUAUCCACCACGCGAGCAGAUCCGGCGAGUGCAGAGGAAUAAUGGGCUUCUCGAAGACGCUGCUCGUCUACGUGCUGCUGUGCGUCCACAUCGGACUUUCCCAGCAUUUCCUCCGUCUCCGUCCAUCGCCCAGCGACACCCUCCCCGUGCCAGACCUAAUAGAGGACCCCGACCCAGAGUACGACCCCCGGGAGCAGGACCUGGUCGAGAGGACGCUGAAGAAGAAGCUCGGCAGCAACUUCGACGCCAACUUCAUGUCCGUCAGCGCGCCCGCGCCGGUGAACGUCACGGCGUCGGACGCCCAGGUGAAGCUGCAGGGGCCCAUGCCCAACGAGAUCAGGAGGCUGGACCUGACAGAGACCCCCUAUGGGAAGAAGGUGAAAGUGGGCAAGAAAGCCCGUAGGAAAUUCCUGCAGUGGCUGUGGACCUAUACGCACUGCCCGGUCGUGUACACGUGGAAGGAUUUAGGCGUGAGGUUCUGGCCACGUUACAUCAAGGAGGGCAACUGUUUCUCCGAGCGCUCGUGCUCUUUCCCCGAGGGCAUGUCGUGCAAACCCGUCAAGUCGAUCAGCAAGGUGUUCCUGCGGUGGUACUGCCAAGGCUUCGUACGGCAGAAACGGUACUGCACGUGGAUACCGGUACAAUACCCGAUCAUCUCAGAGUGCAAGUGCUCGUGCUGAGUCUCUCUAAGGAAGUAGUGGUGGUGAAGGGGGGAGUGGACUGGAAAUACGGUUUCUAUUGCACUGUUAACUCUCUACAGAGGUGGGCACCAUAGCAAAUCUAUUUUUUUAUAUAGCAUUUUAAGUGAAAUACCAACAUUGUACAUAUUUAAGAAAAAAUGCAGCUAUUUUUUUCUAAUUGAACCAGGACCAUAUUUUAUUCUCAGCCCCGAAACGCUGUUUUUGGGAGAACACGAGCACUUCAGAGAGAAGAGCUUUUUGAUAUUUUUAUGAGACAUUGAGGAUGACAUUGAAGAUGGAUUGCAUAUGCUACACUUCUCCAAGAGGUGAACUGUUUUUAUCAACUGAACAUUGAUGCUGACUGUUAUUUCACUGCAAUGCUGCCUAGAGUUUUUGUAUAAUAUUAAUAUCAAUAAUAAUUAAAUUGUAAAAAAAAAAGUUGAGGUUAAAGAUAUAUAUAAAGGCGUGAACUCAGCUUUUUUGGAAUACAUAGUAUUGUAGAAAUAAACAAAUCUGUACGUUUUAUUUAUUAUUUUAACGGUUGUGAGUAUAGAGCAUAAGGAAAGAGAAUAGCAGAGUAUACCAGAUAAAAUAUGGGAGAUGUCUACUUGAAUAUUUCUAAAAAUGAGAAAAAAAUAAACAAAAAAGUAAAACAUAUCAGUGUACAUGUUAUGGUUACACGUUUUAGCAAUAAAAUCUAUCUUUUCAACAUG